AUGACUAGCAGCACUGCAGGGGAGCCGUCUGGGGCGGUUAUCAGCACCGCUGCUCCUAGCAAUCAUCGUGUGAAGUUUCUUCUGUCGGGAUCGCGUGACCGUACGGUGCGUUUGUGGGAAGCCUUUAGCGGCAUGCAACUUAUGCUUUUUGCGAGUCAUGAAAACUGGGUGCGCGAGGUCCGCUUCCACCCUAGUGGAAAGUACGCACUUAGCGCAGGCGAGGACAAGACGAUUCGCGUCUUUGAUAUUGAGUCUGGUCGCUGUGUGCGGACGCUGGACGAGGCUCACAGCCAUUUUGUAACGUGUCUCGACGUUCACCCAAGCCUUCCACUGAUCAUUUCCGGUGGUAUCGAUAAAGUCAUUAACGUGUGGGAAUGUGUAUAA